CUGCCUCUUUGCAUCCGUCUGUCUGUCUGUCUCUGUGCCACGGAUAGGUUUGACAGUGAACUUUCCCAAGCCCACGAGGAGGCCCAGCGUGAGAAACUGGGGCGGGAAAAGUUGGGGCGAGAGAAGGACAUGCUCAUCGUGGAGGCGUUCAGCCUCAAGCAGCAGCUUGAGGAGAGGGACGCCCAGAUUGUGAGCUCCACGCAGAAGGUGCAGGCCCUGGAAGCGGAGCUGCAGGACCUGUCUUGCCAGGAGUCCAAAGACGAAGCCUCUCUGGCCAAAGUCCGGAAGCAGCUUCGGGACCUGGAGGCCAAGGCCAAGGACCAGGAGGAGGAGCUCGACGAGCAGGCGGGCACCAUCCAGAUGCUGGAGCAGGCCAAGCUCCGGCUGGAGAUGGAGAUGGAGAGACUGCGACAGACACAUUCGAAGGAAGUGGAGAGCCGCGAUGAGGAAAUGGAGGAGAUCAGGCAGUCAUGCCAGAAGAAGCUGAAGCAGAUCGAGCUGCAGCUCGAGGAGGCGUAUGAGGAGAAGCAGAAGGUGCUGCGAGAGAAACGGGAGCUGGAGAGCAAGCUGUCUACCGUCAGCGAUCAGGUCAACCAGCGGGAUUUUGAAACGGAGAAGCGGCUGCGGAAGGAUCUCAAGCGCACCAAGGCCCUCUUGGCCGAUGCUCAGGUCAUGCUGGACCACCUGAAGAACAACGCGCCCAGCAAGCGGGAGAUCGCACAGCUGAAGAACCAGCUGGAAGAGUCGGAGUUCACCUGCUCUGCAGCCGUCAAAGCGCGAAAAUCCAUGGAGGUGGAAAUCGAGGACUUGCAUCUGCAGAUUGAGGACCUUUCCAAGGCCAAGGGAGCGUUGGAAGAGCAGCUGAGCCGUUUGCAGAGGGAGAAGAACGAGGUGCAGAGUCGCUUGGAGGAGGAUCAAGAGGACAUGAACGAACUCAUGAAGAAGCACAAGGCGGCAGUUGCUCAGGCCUCGCGGGACCUGGGUCAGAUCAACGACCUCCAGUCACAGCUGGAGGAUGCCAAUAAGGAGAAGCAGGAGCUGCAGGAGAAGCUGCAAGGCCUCCAGAGCCAGCUGGAGUUCCUCGAACAAUCUAUGGUGGACAAAUCCUUAGUGAGCCGUCAAGAAGCCAAGAUACGUGAGCUGGAGACAAGACUGGAGUUUGAGAGGACCCAAGUGAAACGCCUCGAGAGCUUGGCUUCUCGAUUGAAGGAGAACAUGGAGAAGUUGACGGAAGAGCGUGAUCAGCGCGCGGCAGCAGAGAACCGAGAGAAGGAGCAGAACAAGCGUCUCCAGCGUCAGCUCCGGGACGGCAAAGAGGAGAUGGCUGAGCUGGCCAAAAAGGAGGCCGAGGCGACCCGGAAAAAGCACGAGCUGGAGAUGGAUCUGGAGAGUUUAGAAGCUGCUAACCAGAGCUUGCAGUCAGACCUGAAGCUGGCCUUCAAGCGGAUUGGGGACCUGCAGGCUGCCAUUGAAGAUGAGAUGGACAGUGAUGACAACGAGGAUCUCAUCAACAGUCUGCAGGACGUGGUGUCAAAGUACCAGAAGCGCAAGAAUAAGCUGUAAGGAUGAGCUGUUUUUCCGGGUUCCCAGUAAUACUAUAUCACGCCUAACCCCAAG